CUAUCCGCCAUUUUCCAGUCGCCAUUGAAAGGUGAAAACUUCACUAAAUGUCGGUGAUGAUUUUAAGAUUUUGAGUGGUUUCUUUAAGAUUGAAUCAGUUUUUAGUGUUGUGAAAUGAAAAUGAAGUGCCCCGGACUACCAUGACGCAUCAAAAUCACCAAACAAACGGUGCAAGUCUCGAGGAUUGCCACACAAACUUCUUCGCCUUGACGGAGCUGUAUGGCAUAAAAUGGCGUAAGCUAGUGUGGGGCGAGUCGCACGGCGGCGGGCCCGCCGAGGGCGAGGAGGGUGCGGCGCCGCUGGCGGACCCCGUGAUCGCCAGCUACGCGCGCUGCCUGGCCGGCGACAUAUUGUGCGUGUGGCGGCGCGUGCCCGCCGCGCAGCCUCUGGAGCUGGACAUGGGCAUGGCCGCGCCGCCACCGCCGCCGCUCUCGCUGCGCGCCUCCAAGGAGCUCUGGAUCUUCUGGUACGGCGAGGAGCCCGACCUCAACGGGCUGGUCGCGCCGGAGCUCAUCAAGAGCCAAGGCGACCAAGGCUCCUGGGAGAGCGGGCUUUCCUACGAGUGCCGCUCGCUGCUGUUCAAGGCGUUGCAUAACUUAAUCGAAAGAUGCCUGUUGUCGCGGGACUUCGUGAGGCUGGGCAAGUGGUUUGUCCAACCAUACGAUGGCGACGAGGAGGACGUUGGCAAAAGUCCGUGGCACCUUUCGUUCUCGUUCGCGUUCUUCCUGCACGGCGAGAGCACGGUCUGCGCGUCGGUGGACGUGCGCCAACACCCGCCCGUGCGCACCCUCACGCCCAAGCGCCUCGCCAGGAUGAACGAGCCGCAGGCCGACCGCCAAGGAGAUAACAAAGUGAUCCUUGCGCCCUUCGGCCUAGAAGGGCGUGCGACGGGCCGCGAGUGGAGCGACAGCGACGCUCCUACCGCGCGGCUGUUGGACGCCUGGCGACACCUCUACCCCCUGGAGCAAGGCUGCGGCGCCGUUGAGGUGGAGUGCGGCGGAGUGCGCAUGCGCUACCCCGUGCCGUACGUGCUGCUGACGGAGAUGGAGGCGCCGCGCGCCGCCGCGCCCGCCGCCGCGCUGCUGGCCGGCCGCGCGCUCGCCGCGCUCUGCACGCCGCUGCCGCACCAGACGGCGGAACUCUGCUACUCGGAGUCGUCAGGCGAUGUCAACGACGACUUCGCCGAUCCCACCAGAAAGACACCAUGUACCUGUGCCAAGGGUGGCUGCGCGGGCGGCGGAGUGGGCGCGUGCUCUCCCGGCAGCUGUGGGGGCGUGUCUCCGGCGGGGGCGCCCUCGCCGCACCACUCGCACGCCGCGCUGUCCGCACUCACCGCGCACCAGGUGAGCGGAGUUCCGACGGCGCUGCACACGCCGGCCCCGACGCCCGACCCGCUGGCGCCGCCCACGCCCGCGCCGCCCUCUGCGCCGCCGCACAAGAACUACGCACAGGGCGAGUCACCGGGCGGCGGCGGCGCGGCGGGCGCGGGGUCGCCGGGCGGCGUGGCGGGCGCGGGCGCGGGCGGGCCGCAAGCCGGCGCCGCGCCCGCGCCCGCGCUAAUGCGCCGCCCCGCGCUGCCCGCGCCGGAGAAGCGCCUCGACCCGCUGGAGGACGAGCACUCGCUGCACAUGCUGUACGACUACACCUCUGUGCACGCCUGGUUGGAACACCCCGUGAAACGGUUCAAGAGCUCGGAAGGCGCUUUCCGCGAGGAGCUCGCGCUCGGGGCGGGUGCGGCCACGGACCUGUACGCGGGCCACGACCACACGCGCCUGCCCGCCGCGCUGGCGCACCGGCCCGCGCCGCUGCUGCACAUCAAGCAAGAGAAGCAGGAGCACGACGAUUCGAAAGAGUACAAGAAUCUAUACACCUCCGACGGCUUAUGUCCGACGCUGAAAGACCUGGACCAAAUAUUCGAUAACUCUGACGACGCCGCCAGCGGUGAUGAGACGGUAAGACUUUUGCAAGUACAGACUCCCCCAGACUCCAACAAGUCUCUGGAGGAGACUCGCUGCGGUGCGGGCGGGGGUCGUUGCGUGCGCGCGGAAGAGCUCAGUAAAAUGUUCCCGACGCCGCCGAGUAUGGAGGCGCACGCGCAGCCGUCGCCAGGCUUCUCCCCGCCCGACGACUCGCACACGCACCUGCACCACGUGCACGCACACCACCGCGCGCAUGGCUCCCCGCCGCCUGACCCGAUAGAGGACUGGUCAUAUGUGUUCAAACCGCCCACGAUAUACAAAUACGUGGGAUCGUCGAAGUACGAGCCCCUAGCCACGUUACCGAGUCAGAUGCAGCCGCCCGUGGCGCUGCCUUCCCACGCCCAGUACCGGCCCAGCUGGCAGCGCAAGCACGAACCCGCCACGCCGCAUCGAACCGCGACGCCCGCGAUCGAGAGCAACAGCAACAACACAACAAACAGCAGCACCAACACCAACAACGGCGGCGUGAAGCGCUCAAUAUCAACGAGCAACGAGCGGGUGAACGCGUCGGGCGUCGCCAGCGUGGAGUCCCGGCCGUCGCCGCGCAGGCCCGGCGCCGGCUCCGUGGCGUCCCCCGCCUCCCCGCGCGCCGCCGCGCCCGCCUGCCCCGUGCUGCUAAACGUGCUGCUGGCCGACACCGUGCUCAACGUGUUCCGCGACCACAACUUCGACAGCUGCACGCUGUGCGUGUGCAACGACAGCGGCACCCGGGUAGUGGGAAACAUUCGCGGGGCGGACGCGGCCACGUACCUUCCUGGGGGGGAUUGGGGCGGCAGUGUGGACGACGAGCCUUCGCGUUGCUCGUGCGGUUUUAGCGCCAUCGUCAACCGACGGCUUGCGCAUCGAGCCGGCUUGUUUUACGAGGACGAGAUGGAGAUCACCGGCAUCGCGGAGGAGCCGGGCGGGCGCGGCGCGGCGGGCGGGCUGGCGGACGUGGCGGGGCUGGUGGUGGCGCAGUGCGCCGCGGUGGCGGGCGGCGCGGCGUCGGCCGUGGCGCGCGCCGCCCGCCGCGCCGCCGCGCUGCCCGGCGCGCCCGACCACCUGCGGCUCAACCAGCUGGAGUACUCGGAUGGUGGCGCCGCAGCCGAACGUGCGUUGCGUGCGGCCGCGGGCGGCAUCGGCUGCUUCGGGCCCGCGCCACCCUGCGGCGCCGUGCACCGCUGGCCCUUCAUAGGCGCGAGAGCGCCGAGGUCCUCCAGAGAUGUCGUCAGAUUGAUGCGACGCCUGCGGCCGCUACUCCAGGACGCGAUACAGAAGCGGUGUUGCGGCGCGCGCAUGUGGGACGGCGUCACCGGGCCGCUGACAUGGCGGCAGUUCCACAGGCUGGCCGGCCGCGGCAACGAAGACCUCUGCGAGCCCCAGCCCGUGCCGCCCCUGCUGGUGGGCCACGACCGAGACUGGAUAUCGCUCUCGCCGUACGCCUUACGACAUUGGGAACGGCUAUCGCUCGAACCGUAUUCGUACGCGCGGGACGUUGCGUACGUAGUGCUGACGUCCGACGGUGACGCACUAUCGGAUCCCGUCAAGACGUUCUUCCGGGAGUUGUCUACGUCGUAUGAGGCGUGUCGACUGGGACGACAUCAACCCAUAGCGAGGAUAGCGCGGGACGGCAUCGUAAGGACUGCGCCCAGCGAAAGUGACCGCGACACAAAUUCUGAAGAGUGGACGGGUGAAUUACCUCCGGGCAGACUAGGCGAAUACAUGCGAGCGUACGCGGAGACGCUACGGACGAACCUCGUGCCGCAGCUGGCUUCACUCAACGUUGACCGGACAUUAUUUGAAGGUAGCACGAGUGGCAUGCGGCCGCCAGUGGCGCCGGAGCGGCCGGGCACGCCGGGGGGCGCAGCUAGCGGCGCGGGCGGCGCUGCGGGCGAGCACGAGGCGGAGGCCGCGGGUGCGUGGGAGGAGGACGAAUCAGGCGCGCCGGCGCUCGUCAUAUACGUCGUGGAGCCGCCCGCUGCGCACGCGCACCGGCCGCGAGCGCUUGCAGCCUUGCUGAGACUAGCCGCGCAAGCGCAUACGCAUCUCCACCACCACAAUCCACUCAUCAAGAUAAUAUCCUUAGAAGGCGUCUGCGAAACGUGGAGUGCGCAGGGCGGGUGCAGUUCGGAAGUGCGCGCGCUAGCCUUCAGUGUGUUCACGGGCGCGCGACGCCUCAUGUCACAUCCGCCUAACGGGAAGUCGCUUACCGGCUUCGGCACCGCUGCUAAUGCCAACCUGUUCCUCAGCGCCAAAGACGAGAAAAACCGAGCGCCGUACAAGCUGUUCUCGCCAGCGUGGGUGCUAGCGCCGCCGCGGGCGCUCAAGGAAGUCGCCGAGACGUGGGGCUCAACGUGCGGAGACCAAAGUGCUGUUUUGUUCCUGGCAUAUUGCUUAUCGCACGACCAACGGUGGCUGUUGGCCGCUGCUACGGACGCGCGUGGCGAGCUAUUGGAUACAGCUGCCAUCAACAUACACGUACCUGCCAGAUCGCGACGGAAGCGCUGUGGCCCGGCGCGGCGGCUAGGUCUAACGAAACUGAUGGACUUCGCUCUGGGCAUCAUGUCACAAUCCGUUCAGCCUUGGCGACUGGUCGUAGGCCGCGUGGGUCGCAUUGGCCACGGCGAACUCAAAGGUUGGAGUUGGUUACUCUCGCGACCGAACCUAAACCGAGCAUCGAACAUGCUCCGCGAAAUAUGCGGCAGUUGCUCUUUACUGUACCGAAGUGGAGCGCCUUGCAUCCUCUCCGCCUGCCUGGUGUCCACCGAGCCGGACUCCUGCCUGCGCCUGAUGGCUGACAGGUUUACACCUGACGAGAGGUUCUCGCAGGCCUCCAUACAGUCCCACCUGCACACGCCGAGAGACGUGACCGCGACGCAUAUACUCGUCUUCCCCACUUCUGCUACUACACAGUCCAACCAGAUGCCAUUCGAGCCUCCCAACGCGAACGGCGAGGAGAACGACAUCCUCAUGGGGCUGGAGAUGCCGGACGAGGAGAUGGGGGAGGAGAACAUGACGGACCUGCUGGACGAGAUGUUCAUGUGGCCCCCGCGCAGCCCGCACGCCUCGCCGCGCCGCCACGACGACGACGCCAGCCGCGAGGGCAGCCCUGCGCGCGCGCACCUCGCGGGCGCCUACUCGCGCGACGACGACCACCAGCCGGAGAACGUGGGCACAGUACUCCAGCAACCCUUGGCUCUCGGAUACCUCGUGUCCACCGCGCCGCUGGGGACCAUGCCUAGCUGGUGGUGGGCGAGCUGCCGGCACCUGCGCGACGCUUGCCCCGCCUUCUUGAAGAACGCCUUACAUCUGCAGUGUGCCGCACAGGAUGACUAUACGACCUCACUGUCGCAGCGGCGCGACCAUAAUGCACAUCCGCUGGAUUCCACCACUACCACAGACGUACUCAGGUACGUGCUGGAAGGGUAUAACGCUCUUUCAUGGCUCGCGCUGGACGGUACGACACACGACCGACUGUCGUGUCUGCCGUUGCAUGUCCAAGUCCUAAUGCAGCUCUACCACACGGCGGCCGCGCUCGGCUAGAGCACAAUUCAUCUUUGUUUUGUAACGGGAACUUUAUCGCAGACGACCGACAAACCACAAACUGCUUCACUCAUGUUCAUUACUGAGAGUAAACAAUCUCGUCCAAGAAAAGCUCUGGGUCACGUGAUAAGCAAUUGCAGUCGACAAUCACUGCUCAAAUGCUAACCACUUGUACAAUUAAACAUAUAAAUUACAACAAAGGAAUCACAUUUGAUGUUGUCCCAAAAGAUUACAGUAAUUCUAGAGAAGAAGAAAAACGAAGGAUACAGUGAACACGCGAUAAAUCACUCCGGUAGUGUUUAAUGUGACAUGAUUAUAUAAUAAGUUUGUUACUGACCCAUUUAAAUGGUGCCAUUGCAUAGUGUGCUAUCAAGUAUAGCCGGUCGUCUAAGAUGGAAGUAAUCUGUUCCAAGUGAAAGUGCACCGCGCCACGAGAAAUAUUCAAACAAGUCCAUAAAAUACUUGCAUUUGUUAAAGUUUUUAUAUUGUGAAGUUUCACAUAGGCACAGUGUAGUGAAAAAUAGUGAUAAAUAGACAUUGUGUGUAGCAAAUGAAGAGGUGAGCACCAUCUGUGUUGGUUACCAUUAUUGUAAUUUAAAUUAUUUAUUGGGAGUUGUUGAGAAGGAUGUUGUAUGUCUGUAAUAGCAAUCAUCACAUAUUAUUUGUCUUAGAUUCUUCUUCUUUUCGAUCUUACAAAACUUAUUUAUAUUUUAUUUAUUUCUUACUUACAAUAUUUAUAAUAUUAUUUACUGGUAUUAUUUUUUUAAUAUGAGAUUGAUGUUACAGACUUGCGAAAAUAAAAUGACAUUGUUAAAAAAAUAGCUAAAUUAGUUGCAUUAAAAGAAUUACUCAGUAUCAGUAGAAAUGUUCAUGGUUACUUUAGUAACCAACAGUAUCAUUUAUUAUAAUUUUCUGGAUGAUUUAAAAUCUUGAGAUUUUUUUUUCUUUAAUAGAAAGUUGUGUGUAGUGUAUUAUGUAAUUUUAAUAACACCAAGUCUUAUUUAUUUUCGUUUGUGAUAUAUGAAAAUACACUACAUACAAACUUGUACACAAAAGUAUAGAAUUAGAAGGCAGUACUUAGGUAAAUUAAUUAAAUGGUAUGGCUUAUGUAUGAUGGCUUCAUUAGGGAAGAGUUAUUGUUGUCAAGAUGUGGUGUUUAAUCCUUACGAGGGUUGUUGAGGUGGUUAUUGAAUAGUUAUAGUCAAUCGACGGAUAGUGAGUGGUGACUCCAUUGUUUGACCUCUUUGUUAUAAGUAUUCAGAAUUAUAAGAAUGUUGUGUUCUUUUGGAGAAUUAUUUUGUUCAUAAGCUGCAGAUAACAAAUAUUGUUAUAGAAAACUAUAAAGCUAAAGAUUACCUUAACUUACCAUAAUAUUACUGGUUCAAAAGUUCGAAGGUUAUAAUUUGUUUCUGUUGCUUGUCACACCGUACUAAGCUGUCACUUGCCAAAGUGGAGACCUUGAGCAUCCAACAUCAAAGUUAUAUUAGUAAAUGCUCUUUAUGAUUUUGGUUCAAAAUAUUCAAUACGUUAUAACAAAUAGGCAUUUAUUUGGAUUGGAAGUUACCACAAACUUGUGUGAAUAUCAAAAUGUUAUAUUAAAACAUAGAAAAUUUAUAAAAAGAUGUUAGAUAAGCCGGGGAAUUAUAUUAAUAUAUUAAAUAUAAUAAAUUAAUAAAAUCUUCAACAAAGGGCCAAUUUGGAAUAAAAAGACAGAUACCUAACAUCUGUCAUCUAUUGAGAUUUGUCUCAUUUAAGAGCAUUUCAUUUUCAUUUAUUCUCGUGAGGGAAAAAGAUUUCUUCCAUUAUGGGCUUUCGAAAAAUAUUGAAUCUUCCAUGAUCUCACUCUCCAUUGACAACCUCAUUUUCUAUAGUAUAGCGUCCACUUUAAACAGCAUUGUAUUUAUUUUUAUGGCCAACUUUAGCCACUUUUAUAAAAACAAAAUCAUAAAAUUUUGUAAUUAUACCCUUUUUAUAAGUUUUUCUAAUUGUUCUUUUCUCCUAUUGAAUUUAUAUGGUUAUCCAAGUAAACAAUUUUUGUUGUCAAGAUUAUAUCAUUCAUAUCAUUACAUAGUUAAACUAAAUACGAUUUAAGCACAAGACACACAAAUCAUGCAAUGUCACCAAAACAAUGUGCUAAUAUUUGAAUAUUAAUAACUUAUAUUUAUUUUAGGAUUUCGUUGGGACCUUUUGAUUCUCUGCAUUAAUAAGUAAGUCUUGGUAGGCAAAGAACUAUAACACCACGGAACUUCCCUCCUUCAGGUUUUUUACCUACAUAGGACUUAAACUUUACAUAUACUAAAUGGCAAAAAAAUACACAACAAAAGAAUAUUGAAUUUUACAUGUUUCCAACAAUUUAUUGGAUUUCAUGUGACAAAUCUUGUUUUAUCACAGUAUCAUUCAAUUAUCCGCUCUCUUAGCAAAUGCAUGCAAUUUUAUGCACACAAAAAAACACAUUUCUGUGUAAUGGGCUCUAAACUGUGCUUACCUUUUUGAGGUAAAUCACGAACUUUAACCAAAGCUGAUCACUAAUUGAGCAAAAAUUAUUAAGUACAUAAAAAUGCAACAUUCAUGCCUGCAGAUGAUGUCAAUAGUAUUCUUAGGAAUAGAAAAAUUGUGCUAAAGGUAAUAGCUACAGAAAGAUUGACACAUAAUCUCAUUUAUGCAUGCCAUCUGCAUAAAUGAGAUUAUGUGUCAACCUUUCUGUAGCUAUUAUACUAGGCGUUUCACUAGUAGAUACAUAUUCUGUGAUACAUGCUAAAGGUAGUAUUCUCCAGAGUUGAGCGAGGUUUCAAUGCUUGAGGUAGUGUUAAAGACCUACCAAUGAAAUUGAUUAUAUGUCUUGGUUCCGUGUAGCCUACAAUUUAUCCACAAUGUUCUGAAGGAGUUAGGCUAUCCUAAGUAUUUUUAUAAACUCACUGUAGAUCUGGAUGUGUCUAACUAACUCAUCUUACACUGCUUAGCAUUGAAGGAAACAAAGGGUGGUUAAAAGGUCAUGCAGCAAUUAUAGCAAAUAACUGUUAAAUCAAAUUUAUCACUUUAAUUAAUGGUUCAAUGAAAUAAGAUUAAGACACUGGUUCCAAUUUUCUUAACUAAACAAAAUUGACAGGUCUCCUUUCCUUAAUCCGUUUACGAUGUUCCCUGUGGAAAAUGUUUGCAUAAUUUUUAACUCUGUCACUUUAGUGUUCAGAGAUUUGGGUAUAACAGAAUUGUCACAUUGUGUUUUUUACUAUGGAAACUAACUAGUAGAAAAUAAAUAGUAAUAUUACAAUAUUGAGAAUAUAGUACAGUAUCAUCACAAACAAAUUCUCUUAUACCAAGUUGUUUUAAUAACAUUUGCAUUUUUUAAUAAGAUCUCAUAUUGGUAGUUCUAGAAGUUACAUGAUGUUUUACUUUUAGAUUUGCCAAACUAUCAAACCAAAUGAAUGUUUAUAAAGAUUAAAUACUGCAUUAUAAACCAAAAUAUAAAACAACAUGACAAUUUCGUUUUAAUUUGGAUUAACUGAAAUGUCUACGCUAAAUAUUUGUAAUGGGCAAAAGGAUAAGAAACUUUUCGACCUGUCAUUGCAGUUUAGUUUAGAGAUAGAGAACCAAGUAAGCCCAAUUAUUGUAAGUUGUAAAAGGCUUGCGUCUGUGAAAAUUACUAUAAUGUGUAGUAUUUUGGAGUUGUUUUCAGUGAUCACUCUAUGA